AACGGUCAGAAUGGUGUGUUUCCAUUUCACGUUGGAGCUCUGAGGGACACGUGGCUGGACCGCAGCUCUGCAGAUUCAGGAAGGUGGUUGCUUUCCAAAGCCAAAACCAAAAAGAAAGCAACCCAGAAAUGUUCAGGAUGGUCAUCCUUAACAACUGGGUUUGUCUUAGAUUGCGUCGAAACUACUGAUACAUGUCAGAAAGAUGGUGUUUUUCCUGAAAUUAAUGAUGUUGGUUCUGUAAAAGAUGGUGUGGAUUCUGAUGAGGGUGAUCAAAAGGGUAGGCUGAGAUGUAUAUUUCAUCAAGUCUUGGCUGUUUUUCUUAAGGAAGUUGGUGAUAGAGAUGGUGUUGUUAGGCCUGUCCCUGCCGUGAUUGAUGAUAGGCAACCUGUGGAUUUGUUCAAAUUGUUCUGUGUGGUGAAGGAUAGAGGUGGGUAUGAUUUGGUUUCGAAUAACAGUUUGUGGUCUUUUGUUGCUGUUGAACUGGGUGUUGAUCCGGAAGUAAUGUGUUCUGUGAAAUUGAUUUACUUUAAAUAUUUGAACGAGCUGGAGAAAUGGUUUACGGAGAUUUGUGGAACUAGGAGCUUGGGAAAUGGGGAGUCUGGAUGCAAAGGGAAUUUGCAUCCGUUGUCUUCGGAGUUGGAGAGAGAGUUUAGAGGUUUGUUGUCGGGUUGGCCCGAGCAGAAGGGAAAAAGUGAUGGAGAGGUUCAUCUAGAAUCUGGAGAAUGCAAUGGUGAUGAUGACGAAAAAGUUUGUAAUGACGAUCAGAACGAUGUUAUGAUAUCACUCUCUAGUCUCAAUAAAAAUGAAAAUGAUCGUAAAAGAAAGCGAGAAUCCUUAGUAGGAAUGCUGAAUUGGGUAGGCCAGAUUGCAAAGCAACCAAAUGAUCCUUCAAUUGGAGCAAUACCAGAGCCAACUAAGUGGAAAGAGCAUAGGAGCGAUGAUGAGUGCUGGGUGCAAGCAAUUAGAGCAAAAGAGGCAUUGCUGAUAAGAAGGAAUGUUAAUUCAAAGACUGAAGAAUAUCUCCAGCAGAAGAAGCUCAAGACGCAUCCAUUGUUGUUUGAAGAUAAUAUUGUUGCUGGUCGCCAGUGCUCAGGGAGGUUACGAUGUAGUGAAAGGCUUCCUCAUUCAGUUAAAUCUCGCUCAUGCCCUUGUUGCCAUAAAAAAGAGGUGGAAAACGAUUCUGUGGAGCAAGCACCUGCAGAAGUUGAUUUAUUGGCCACUGAUACGGCGUCUGAGGAUAAUCCCCGCGAAAAGGAUGUCUCUGUAGGCGCUCACGCUCAAGCUGAUGUCCCUGAAUGGACUGGUGUGGCUUCUGAAAGUGAUGGUAAAUGGCUAGGCACACGGGUAUGGCCCUUGAAACGUGAAGAAGACAGCCUCCCUAAUGAAACAGAUGCCAUUGGCCAAGGAAGACAAGAUAGUUGUUGUUGUGGAUUUCCAGAUUCUGUUGCAUGUUUCAGAUUUCACAUUACUGAGGCUAAGAUGAAAUUGAAGAGAGAACUUGGUUCCUUGUUCUAUAAUUGGCGAUUUGAUCGAAUGGGUGAGGAAGUUUCUCUUCGGUGGACAGCUGAAGAAGAAAAGAGAUUCAAGGAUUUGGUAAAGUCAAAUCACUCAAAUUCUCCUUUUAUUGAGGGAAAUAACUCAAAUUCUUCUUCCUUUUGGGAUAGUGCAUCCAAGUGGUUUCCUAGAAAAACACGGGAAGAUUUGGUCACCUAUUACUUCAAUGUGUUUCUUGUCCAGCGCAGAAGUUAUCAAAAUCGUGUCACUCCAAAACACAUUGAUAGUGAUGAUGACGUAACAGAGUUGGGAUCUCUAAGUAAUGGUUUUAGGCGUGAGUUAGUCGAACUUUCAACCAAUUCUCUGCCAUGUUCCCUGAAUCAGAAGUCCACUGAUUUUGACUAGAUAUAAAAUCUGUCCCUGGAGUUAGAGAACCAGCCUGGAGUUUCAACCGCUGCAUUAACAUAUUAAAUGGGGAUGCAAUUUUCAGGGAUGUGUGUCGUUGUGGAAGCAGACCUGGUGGGAUUAGUGGUGACGCCAGAGGGUAGAAUUGGUGGAAUGCGCCGAAGAAUGUUGUUGGUACUCAACAAGUGUCUCCAGCUUUCAUUUUGAAGAACCAUGCUACAAUUUUGGAUGGCUGCAUCAUGAUACUGUAUCUUAUACCAGGUUCGAUAACCUUGGAUACAACUAUAGAAGUAGAUAGGGAAACAUGAGAGGAAGAGACACAGAGUUGUCAAGUUUUUUGGGGCUUUUCUUUUCCUUUCUUAGAAAACCUUUUUUUCUUUGUUGUAACUUCUGACAGGUUUUUUCUUUCUAUAAAAACUAAAAUUAGCAUAUGGAACUAAAUGUUGUGACCCCUUGCCUUUCAGUUUUAAGUGAUGUGAUUUUGUCUUUGCCA